UCCCAGCCGCCAGCGCGUUCACCUCACUCUCAACCUCCGUCUCAACCCUCUUCCCAGCCACCUCGACUCCUACCUUCGCCUUGAGCCUGUACGCGCGCGUGAUAGCAAAGCUGACGAAGCUCGGUGGCAUGGUGCCUGGAACGCGAGCUGCGAACCAUGUCGAGCAUGUUUUGGCUUGCUGCCCGUGCUGUUGCUGCUGCGGGGUAGUUGCGGCUGAUGAUGCAGCAUGUGCAGUGUAAGGAGGGGCGGACGAAGGCCCGCUUUCCUUUUCCCCGGCUUUCCCGUCUAGUUUGUGUGUCUUACGGUCCGUGCCGCCGUCGUGACCAUGCUUGAGUUUGAGCUUCAGCUUCUCGAAUGAAGAAGAUGGGGGUUCGGCUGCAGAUGCUGCAUUGCCACUACUCUCGUCGAGGAUAUUAUAUCCGGGAAGUUCUUCUCCAUCUUGCCCAUCCUCUUGCCUGCCCUGGACGGGCACAGCAUCCAACUCCACAACGCUCACCUCCGGUAGCGAAUUCAGCAGCACUCCGACCUCAUCCAUCUCCGUCUCCUCCCCGUUAUCGGGUCCAUAUAGACCAUUCGGGAUAGAUGGAUUUUGACCACGUUGUUCGACUUGUCGAGUGCGGUGAAGACGGCCCGGAAACGGAACUCUGCACCUGAGGUAAGGAGCUCUGGCAUUUCGAGGCCGAGCUCGAAGGUAAGGGAUGGCGUGGAGCUGGAGAGCUUGUCCCGGAGGGACUGGCGAAACCCGACGUGCUCCGGAUCUAUACCUGCGAAGGCCGAAGUAGCGAGAGUGAAAGUCUUGGGGUGGUGGGAUACAGUGAAGCGUGUAUUCGCUGUGAAGGGGCUCCGUGGCGCGAAAUUGAUAAGGAUAGUGCUGGAAAUUGGGUCUUGGUGGUGUUUCCCGAGGCCAACACCUGGGCAGAUGAGGCGUGAUGUGAUGCCGUACUCGAUAAAAGCAUGAUUGGGGUGGUCUUGACUACGACCCCAUAACAUUGUAGGGGGUAAGGCAUGGGGCAUGACGGUCCAUGGUGCCUCAGAGUCGCCUCUGUAGAAUCCACUCCGGUUGCUGCUAGUUCCGGAGGGGAUGCGGAAUUGGAAUGGGAAAGUGUAGGUUUGACCUGGGAGGAACUGGCGUGCUCUAACGUUCAUGACAUUCUGUUGUGGUAGCGGCGACAGCUUUCCCUUUGUAUCAUUUGGAUAUGCCACGGAAGGUGGAGGAGGCGAAUCCAGUACAUUGAUCGUGACGUUAAACAGGGGCGCAUUGUCACGAUAAUGAUGAUAAUCAGUCUUUCUGUUGUCGCUUGGACCAUGCCUAUGAGACGUGCGCAACCAGACAGUCGACAUACCCCAGAAGGAGACCUCGAUGGCUUGAGGGGUCAAGGGAACCGGCGUGUUGAAAGAGACAUGGCCCGUGACGGUGUCAUCUGGGUGGAAUAUCUUAUUAUCAGGAGAGCUCAAGUGUACGGCAAGAUCCGGAAGAGGGACUUCUGGUUCCUUGGAUCUCGUGAAAAGGCCCAUUUUCACAAUGAUUAUGUGUUCUCCGUUGAGUUAUAUCGAAUAUCUCCAGAGGUUCUGUAUCUGCUGCGCUGGCAACGCACGAGAGAGUGA